AUGUCUUUUUCUAAUGAAGGUGUAGAGUUGAGGGUAGAUCAUGUUGAUCCCCAUUGUUGGGAUCAAAUUGUUUACAAUGAUGAUAGGGUCAAUCAAAAUUUCGAUAUGAAAGCAUGGGUUUAUGUUUCUAAUGAAUUGGAUAUUUCUAUUGUAACAGAGAAAUUUUUUGAGGCUCUUAGCACAUCGCAUGCAUCUGUAAAUGGAGAUUAUGCAGACCUAGAGAUGAUUGGUAAAGAAAUUGUGGAGAAGUCUACAAAUUGGACAAAAACAACUCCCAUGAUAAUAAUGAGAGCAUGGCAUGCUGACCACUUCCGACCAACCCGAAACUUGUCCAAACAUAUCAUACAUUCAUCCAUGGAUCCCUCGAGUACCAUCACUUUCUGCUCAAUGGACGACUCACUUGCCGGUGCAGUCUUUGACACAUCGUCUUCCAUGGAAUCUGUCACGGUCCUCCUUAAUGCCCAAGUUUCUGGACUUCUAUGA